AUGGCAGUUUUGUGCUUGUUAUGUCUUCUUCUAGUUGGGUGCUUGUCUGAGCCUCAGCUUGUGGGUGCUCAGCUUCAUGAUUUAACUACAUUGUCAGCCAUUAACGAAGAACUUGGAGUACCCGGUUGGGGUGCCAACUUCUCAGAUUAUUGUUCUUGGCCUGGCAUUAGCUGCGGUUUGAACCAUUCUAUGGUGGAAAAGCUUGAUCUUUCUCGUCAUAACCUCCGAGGUAAUGUGACUCUUAUUUCUGAGCUUAGAGCUUUGAAGAGGCUUGACCUCUCUUAUAAUGAUUUCCAAGGAUCAAUUCCUUCAGCUUUUGGAAACUUAUCUCAGCUUGAAUUUCUUGAUUUGUCUUUGAAUAAGUUUGGAGGUUCACUUCCACCAGAGCUGGGUAAUCUCAGAAACCUUAGAUCAUUGAACCUGUCCAAUAACUUGCUUGUGGGAGAAAUACCAGAUGAAAUUCAGGCCCUAGAGAAGUUACAGGAUUUUCAAAUUUCUAGUAAUAGGUUGAAUGGCACUAUCCCAAAGUGGGUGGGCAAUUUGACCAAUUUGAGGGUUUUUACUGCCUAUGAGAAUAAAUUGGAGGGUAAAAUUCCAGAUAAUCUAGGCUCAAUUUCUGAGCUUGAAUCGUUGAAUCUGCAUUCUAACCAGCUAGAAGGUCCAAUUCCCAAAAGUAUUUUUGCUUCUGGGAAGCUGGAGUUUUUGGUUCUGACCCAGAACAGACUAAGUGGAGACAUUCCUGAAGAAAUGGGAAACUGCAGUAGCUUAUCUAGUAUCCGAAUCGGGAACAAUGAUCUUAUAGGUAGCAUUCCUCAUUCAAUUGGGAAUAUUAGUGGCCUCACCUACUUUGAAGCAGACAACAACAAUCUUUCUGGUGAGAUUGUUCCAGAAUUCUCCAAGUGCUCUAAUCUCACCCUCCUAAAUUUAGCCUCAAAUGGAUUUACUGGGAAGAUUCCUCCUGAGCUUGGGCAGCUUAUGAAUCUGCAGGAGUUAAUUCUCUCUGGUAACAGUCUGUUUGGAGAGAUUCCCAAAUCAAUUCUUGGGUGCAAGAAUCUUAAUAAGCUGGACCUAAGCAAUAACAGAAUCAAUGGUAGCAUACCAAAUGAUAUCUGCAACAUGUCGAGAUUGCAGUACUUGCAGUUGGGUCAGAAUUCCAUAAGGGGAGAGAUACCUCAUGAGAUUGGAAACUGUGUUAAACUGCUUGAGUUGCAAAUGGGAAGAAACUAUUUGACUGGCAGUAUCCCUCCUGAAAUUGGUCGAAUAAAGAACUUACAGAUUGCCUUAAAUUUAAGCUUCAAUCAUCUCAGGGGACCUCUUCCCCCUGAUUUAGGUAAACUUGACAAGCUGGUUUCUCUUGAUGUCUCCAAUAAUCAGCUCUCUGAUAUCAUUCCAACUGCAUUUAAGGGGAUGUUAAGCUUGAUAGAGGUCAAUUUCUCCAACAAUCUGUUCACUGGCCCAGUACCCACAUUUGUACCAUUUCAGAAGAGUCCAAAUUCCAGUUUUCUUGGAAAUAAAGGGCUUUGUGGAGAGCCACUGAGCUCCUCAUGUGGAAAUUCUAACAGUGGUGGCCAUGCAAAUGACCAUCACAGGGUUUCUUACAGGAUCGUACUGGCCGUUAUUGGUUCUGGUUUGGCAGUUUUUGUAUCUGUAACCGUAGUGGUUCUGCUGUUUAUGAUCAGAGAGAGACAAGAGAAGGCAGAAAAAUCUGCAGGGACUGAAGAUGAGGAAGCCAAUAAUGUACCGGCAAUAGUGGCAGGGAAUGUCUUUGUUGAGAAUCUCAAACAAGCAAUAGAUCUUGAUUAUGCUGUUAAAGCAACUCUGAAGGAUUCAAACAAGCUCAGUACUGGGACUUUUAGCACAGUUUACAAGGCUGUUAUGCCAUCUGGGCUGAUUCUAUCAGUGAAGAGACUGAAAUCCAUGGACAGGACAAUCAUUCAUCACCAGAACAAGAUGAUUAGAGAGCUUGAAAGGCUGAGCAAACUCUAUCAUGAUAACCUAGUGCGUCCUAUCGGAUUUGUUAUUUAUGAAGAUGUUGCUCUUUUGCUGCAUCAUUACUUGCCCUAUGGGACAUUGUGUCAGCUUCUUCAUGAAUCUACCAAGCUACCUGAAUAUGAACCCGACUGGCCAACAAGACUUUCUAUUGCCAUCGGAGUUGCAGAAGGAUUGGCCUUUCUUCAUCACGUGGCAAUUAUCCACCUUGAUAUUUCUUCUGGUAAUGUUCUUCUGGAUGCUAACUUCAAGCCAUUGGUCGGAGAGAUUGAGAUAUCAAAGCUCUUGGAUCCAUCCAGGGGCACAGCCAGUAUAAGUGCAGUUGCAGGCUCCUUUGGAUACAUUCCUCCAGAAUAUGCAUAUACAAUGCAAGUUACAGCACCCGGGAAUGUCUACAGCUAUGGUGUUGUUUUGCUUGAGAUCCUUACAACCAAAUUACCAGUAGAUGAGGCCUUUGACGAGGGGGUGGAUUUGGUGAAGUGGGUGCAUAAUGCUCCAUCAAGAGGUGAAACCCCUGAGCAGAUUCUCGAUGCAAGGCUUAGCACAGUUUCCUUUGGUUGGCGGAAAGAAAUGCUGGCAGCACUGAAGAUUGCACUAGUCUGCACUGACAGCAUACCGGCCAAACGACCCAAAAUGAAGAAGGUUGUGGAAAUGCUUCAAGAAAUAAAACAGAACUGA